AUGUGCAUCAUCUUCUUUAAGUUUGAUCCUCGCCCUGUUUCCAAAAAUGCUUACAGGCUCAUCCUGGCGGCCAACAGGGAUGAAUUUUACCACAGACCAUCCAAGUUAGCAGACUUCUGGGGGAACAACAAUGAGGUCCUCAGUGGACUUGACAUGGAGGAAGGCAAGGAAGGAGGCACGUGGCUGGGCAUUAGCACACGGGGGAAGCUGGCCGCGCUCACCAACUACCUGCAACCACGGCAGGACCGGGAUGCCCGGGGCCGAGGUGAACUUGUGACCCACUUUCUGACUACAGACAUGGACAGCUUGUCCUACUUGAAGAAGGUCUCUGCGGAGGGCCACCUGUACAACGGCUUUAACCUCAUAGCAGCUGACCUGAGCACAGAGAAGGGUGAUGUCGUUUGCUACUAUGGAAACCGGGGGGAGCCUGAGCCUGUCGUCCUGGCACCAGGGACCUAUGGACUAAGCAAUGCACUGCUGGAGACACCCUGGAGGAAGCUGUGCUUUGGAAAGCAGCUCUUCCUGGAGGCCGUGGAGCGGAGCCAGGAGCUGCCCAAGGAUGCCCUCAUCGCCCAGCUCCUGCACGUGCUCAACAAUGAUGAGGCGCAGCUGCCAGAUCCAGCUAUUGAGGACCAGGGCAGGGAGUAUGUGCAGCCCUUUCUGAGCAAGUACGCAGCUGUGUGUGUGCGCUGCCCAGGCUAUGGCACCAGAACCAACACAGUCAUCCUCGUGGACGCGGACGGGCAUGUGACCUUCACAGAACGUAGCAUGCUGGACAAGGACCCCUCCUGCUGGGAGACCAGCACCCACGAGUUCAAGCUGCAGAGCUAA